CCAAGCGUACUUUCCUGUGCAGUGAAUUGACACUAUGAGAAAUGUAGUGUAACAAGAUGUGACAGCAGAUUAUACAAGCCAAAAUAGUCUUGAGUGUAUGUAAACACUGGCAGAUCUUUCAUGAUAUCUGUGAAGGUAUUUAUUUAAUAACACCAGAUUAUAAGGAAAUCAAUCGGAGAUGUCUUCUGAGAUUUCGACAAGAAGUGUCAGGAGCAACAACAGCAGUUCUUCUGCCGGCGGCAGACUUCAGUCGCUGUUGCCAUCGAACCAACACUCGUCAGUACAGUUGUCAGUAAAGUAUUCGUCCAGCCUGGAACAUGCCUCUCACCAGAAAGAGAAUGGCGUGAGGAGAUCUGCCACGUCGUCAUCUCUGGAGCGACUGACACCUCGUCAGUUCUUGGACAAGUACUCCUUGCCGAGGGUUGUGAGGGUAGUGACUCCCAGUGGCGAUGGCGGGGACGGCGAGGCUGAUGGGGAGCAGAGGAGGAUGCUUUUGGGACCACUAGCAGAACCACUGCUUCUGUUCCGCCAGUACAAGAGCACCAAGGUCCAGGCCAGAAGUCUGCAGACUGCCAAGUUGUGGAAAACCGUCGGUCCUUCUUUAGUCAUACCAGACUCCUAUCAGGGUUGGUUCUCCCUUCUGACACCGCAAGGACAGUUGGUCGCACAGUGUUACUCCACUGUUCAGCAGCUAAUAACAUCAAAAAUCACGCGAUUUCUAACAAAGUUAGAGGUCGCAGCUUACAAACUCAACGACAACAGAGAUGUAAUCCACGAAUCAGUAAGGAAGCGCUUGCAAUACACAAAGACCAUCAUACCAGCUGGACACAUUCUGAAACUGCUAGCGGUGUUUGAGGAUGUUAGCAGUACCCAGAACAACGGUUUGAGCAACAAAAGAUUAUCCCUUCCUCUGAUUGGACGAAGUCAUAGUAACACGAGAUACGCUCAGUGUCUUAACCACAAGAAUCAGAUGGUGUUUGUGCCACUCAGCACCACGGGGCAGUUUUUCGAGGUGUCCGUGGGUCGCGCUGGUGUCGAAGCCGCGCAUGCUCCGUUGUACCUGUUGCCACAACUGCUGCGGGACAACAGACUCCCCGCGAAGGUCCAUCUCGUGUCAGGGCCACAACCCGCCCCACUCCCCGUCGGCUUCACAGGUAGUUUAUUGUUGGAAGCCUUCCAAGAAGAAGACGUGAUCUUGGCGUGCACGCUGCCCCAUGAUACUAUCACAAUCUCAAGGACCGGAAGUAACCAUUUCGCCAAUACCAGUUCAGUGACGUCAUCUCAACCGAAAUUGCUGGAGAUGGAUGCUGAUUCCCGUUUCUUCCUUUCAAGACCGUUAUUCCAUCAUGAGGUUGAGUCCCGUCUAUUCAAAUCUCCACUUCUGCAGACAGCAUUAGCUUUUUGUCGCGAUCGAGGCGACUUUUGGCGGCGCCAGAUAAAAGUCACCCAUCACAUCUUCCCAUCGCAAAGAGAUGUGGCAGCCGAACCAGCGGGAAAGAAGUCAACGACCCAGCAACAAGCGACUCAAGAAGGCCAAGAAAAAAUGAGAAAAACCAAGAACAAGUCACGACGAACGACAAAAAAAUCAUCAUCCUUUACUUAUACACCUUCUUCGUCUAGAGCAGCAAAUUCAACAACACGCGACCUUUCGGUAGCAUCACAAUGUAAUUAUAGGAACGCCAUCUCUCAGCAACGAACGGAAUUAUGUACGCAAGAAACACGUGAUGCCGAAAGGGUUCUACAUAGUUUUACUGCUUCCUCCAUCUGUCGUCACAAAAACGAAUCACGACUUCAUGAAUGCUCGUACAGUGACCGUAACGACCCUGAGGCUAAAAAUACGACAGUACCUCAGCUGUACUGUAGCAUCCAGAAUCGUGAUCUUCCUUCUAUAGUGGAUGAUCUUCCGUAUAGUCAUGUUGCUGAUGCUGUAGGGGACAUUGAUAAGUGCGAGGAAGAGAAUAUUUAUGCCGAGAUUUGUGAAUGUGAUACCAAAGAAAACGGUAGGAUAAAGCCGAAGUACUACUAUCUGAAGACAAGUUCUGAGCGAGUAAGGGAAGACUAUUAUUACGUUCAGCUGGAAGGUGGAAGUGAUGGAACAUUCUCGGGAACAUUGUCAUCCUCAAAUCCUUCCAGCCCCGACGACGACACGAACUAUGACACAGUCUGCUAACCUGUACAUAAGUUAUAUUGCUUUAGGCAGAGGAACAUGAUGUCCUUUCAAGGAGUGCCCAGUUGUCUAAAGAACUGAGAUAUGUCAGGAAAUUUACAUGUGAGAUAUUAAGAUGCAUUUUGGCAAAAAAAAGAAGUGACAGACUUAUGUAGAUUCAUGCCUGGAUCGGUCAGUGAUAGUGACUAGGCUAAGAGGUGGACGACCAGGGUUUGAAUUCUGACGGGUCAGGAUUCUUCUCUUCACCUGCAACAUCCAGACCAGCUUCCUGUCCAGUAUCUGCUGUGAUUUUUUUGGGGGUUAAGUGUCCAGAGCAGCACAACUAAACACCAGUCAGUGUUCUGCGGGAUUAACGCACUUAAACAAUACCACGCUUCUUUGUGUUUGAUUUUCAGACUACCACCUUUUCUUCUGCGAGAGGUAGACAUCCUGUGAAACAUGUUCAUGGCGAGCUUUCAUGCCGCCAACCGGUUGGACGCUGGUUUUUCCUUGGCUUGUGCUUAUGUCUAAAGCAGUGUUUUGUAAAUAUCUGCUGUCAGAUGAACUUUAAUAUUAAGGAAACUUCUUCUUCUUCUUCACCCUGAGCUAUGUAUUGUGUGCGAGUAAUUUGUAACAUUACAGUAAAAAUUAAAAAUAAAAUGGCAAGCAUAUAAUGUAUAGCUGUUUACACAGCCAGAGGAA